GCGAGCGGCCCUAGGCUUGAGUGUCCAGGCGGCGGGCGGCGGCUGGGGCUUCGGCGGGAGCAGCAUGGAUUGGGGCACCGAACUGUGGGAUCAGUUUGAGGUGCUCGAGCGUCACACGCAGUGGGGGCUGGACCUGUUGGACAGAUACGUAAAGUUCGUGAAAGAGAGGACCGAGGUGGAACAGGCUUAUGCCAAGCAGCUGCGGAACCUGGUGAAAAAGUACCUGCCCAAGAGACCCGCCAAAGAUGACCCUGAAUCCAAGUUCAGCCAGCAGCAGUCCUUCGUACAGAUUCUCCAGGAGGUGAAUGACUUUGCAGGACAGCGGGAGCUGGUGGCUGAGAAUCUCAGUGUCCGUGUGUGCCUUGAGCUGGCCAAGUACUCACAGGAGAUGAAGCAGGAGAGGAAGAUGCACUUCCAAGAAGGACGCCGAGCCCAGCAGCAGCUGGAAAAUGGCUUCAAACAGCUGGAGAAUAGCAAGCGUAAGUUUGAACGGGACUGCAGAGAGGCUGAGAAGGCAGCCCAGACUGCUGAGCGGCUAGAUCAGGACAUUAAUGCCACCAAGGCUGACGUGGAGAAGGCCAAGCAGCAAGCCCACCUUAGGAGUCACAUGGCAGAGGAAAGCAAAAAUGAGUAUGCAGCCCAACUACAGCGUUUCAAUCGAGACCAGGCCCAUUUCUAUUUUUCCCAGAUGCCCCAGAUACUUGAUAAGCUGCAGGAUAUGGACGAACGUCGGGCGACCCACCUGGGUGCCGGGUAUGGGCUCCUCUCGGAGGCUGAGCUGCAAGUGGUACCCAUCAUUGCCAAGUGCCUGGAAGGCAUGAAGAUGGCAGCGGAAGCAGUGGAUGCCAAGAAUGACUCCCAGGUCCUCAUAGAGCUGCACAAGUCUGGCUUUGCCCGCCCGGGCGACGUGGAAUUUGAGGACUUUAGCCAGCCCAUGAACCGCGUGCCAUCUGACAGCAGCCUGGGCACCCCCUCGGACGGACGACCCGAGCUCCGCGGCCCGGGACGCACUAGCCGUGCAAAGCGCUGGCCCUUUGGCAAGAAGAACAAGCCACGCCCCUUAUCCCUCUCCCCCCUGGGGGGCCCCCUGCCCUCCGCAUUGCCUAAUGGACCCCCGUCCCCCCGCUCCGGCCGCGACCCCUUGGCCAUACUGAGCGAGAUCAGUAGGUCGGUCAAACCGCGGCUUGCAUCCUUCCGCAGCCUCCGAGGCAGCCGUGGGGCAGUGGUGACCGAGGAUUUCAGCCACUUGCCUCCAGAGCAGCAGAGGAAGCGGCUCCAACAGCAGCUGGAGGAGCGGAAUCGUGAGCUCCAGAAGGAAGUCGAUCAGAGGGAAGCCCUGAAGAAAAUGAAGGAUGUGUACGAGAAGACACCCCAGAUGGGGGACCCCACCAGCUUGGAGCCCCAGAUCACAGAAACCCUGAGCAACAUCGAACGGCUGAAAUUGGAAGUGCAGAAGUAUGAGGCUUGGCUGGCAGAAGCUGAGAGCCGGGUACUGAGCAACCGGGGCGACAGCCUGGGCCGGCAUACCCGGCCUCCAGACCCCCCAGCCAGUGCCCCACCGGACAGCAGCAACAAUGGCUCCCAGGACAACAAAGAGGGCUCUGAAGAGCCUCCCUUAGAAGAGGGUCAGGAUGCCCCCAUUUACACGGAGUUUGAUGAGGAUUUUGAAGAAGAACUUGCAUCCCCUAUAGGACAUUGCGUGGCCAUCUAUCACUUUGAAGGGUCCAGCGAGGGCACCAUCUCCAUGGCCGAGGGCGAAAACCUCAGCCUCAUGGAAGAGGACAAGGGCGACGGCUGGACCCGGAUCCGACGGAAACAGGGAGGUGAAGGCUACGUGCCCACCUCCUACCUCCACGUCACCCUCAACUGAACCCCGCCAGAGGCGGAAAGAGGGGGGUAGGCUGUUGGGGGCUGUUGGCUGCUGCUUCUGGGCCACGGGGGGUGGGGGGGCGCCCAGGGCCUAUGCACUUUAUUUCUGCCCCCGUGGCUUCGGCUAAGACCUGUGUAACCUGCUGCCCCCACCCCUCACCCCUCACCCCAAAUGACCCGCUGUGCCUUCCAACACUGAUGUACAUAUUCAUGUCUCAAAUCUUUUCUUCCUGCCACUCGGCUCAGGCCGUUUUGUUUUAUAU